AUGACGUCACAGCCUCUGAUUGGCUGCUGCCUGCUUCUGCUUCCAGCAGCAGCUGAACUUUCCUCUCAGUUGAUCUCAGAGUUUAACAGUGAGAGGAUGAUGAUGAAGCUGCUCCUCUUCCUCUGCUCCGUCCUCUGGGUCUCUGCUGAUGUUCUCCAUGAGGACCUUCGUAUCUUUGGCUGUUCAGACUCUGAUGGAGAGGAGAUGUACGGUCUGGAUGGAGAAGAGAAGUGGGUCGCUGACUUUAAGAAGGAGAAAGGAGAAGAUGUUCCACCUGCUUUCAUUGGAAGUUUCAACUUACAGGAAGGAGCUUAUGAACUAGCUGUGGAUGAUCAACGGGUCUGCAGAGAGAGCUUGAAGGUGGACAUGAAGGCCUAUAAGAACCCUCCUCUGCAGCGCGAUCCUCCAUCCAAUCCAAUGGUCUACCCCAGAGACAAUGUGGAGCUGGGAGAGCAGAACAUCCUGAUCUGUCUUGUCUCUGGUUUCUAUCCUGCUCCUGUCAACGUCUCCUGGACCAAGAACAACCAGAAGGUGACUGAAGGAACCAGCAUCAACGUUCCCUAUCCCAGUAAGGACAGCACCUUCACCCAGAUCUCCAGACUGGACUUCAUCCCUCAGCUGGGAGACGUCUACAGCUGCUCAGUGGAACAUCCUGCUCUACAGAAACCAGCCACUACAAUCUAUGAUGUGGAGCUCCAUGGUCCUCAGCCCAGUGUUGGACCUGCUGUGUUCUGUGGAGUGGGUCUGACCAUCGGACUCAUCGGCGUCGCCGUGGGAACCUUCUUCCUGAUCAAAGGGAACGAGUGCAGCUGAUUAUCUUCUGAAGCCUUCAGGAUGCUUGUUUCUCUGUAUUUCCCUGUAAUUAAAGCUGCAUAGAGAACAGUUCUAUUGGGGGGGUGUUCUGUAUCUGCUGUUAUCAUGCUUUAUGGAUAAACUUCCAAUCACAAUCUGGA